CGACACCGAUACGUGUUUUCUUGGACGAUAGCAACGAGAGACAGUAAAUGACGUUCAGAAAUCAGAUAAAAAAAGGAAACCAAAUGUUGUGCCUCUGUACAUUGUCAAAAUAUCGUUGUUAGCAUCCGUGUUGUUUUCGGUCUUCUUCGCAAAAUCUGUCUGACAAUAUCAGACAACGUGCAUGUGUUAUAAAAUACAAAAUAACGACGUAUCGGACCGAUAACUUGAAGUCGGCAGCGUCGUUUUCGUUUCUUUCGCACAGCUGAUGGCUGUACCGAAAUGAUGCCUAUGCAGACAGAACUAUUUUCGUAAUUUUCACUUCAGUUCAACUGGACGUCUUACCACCGGCUUUUUAAACGAUUUUUCUGGGACUAUCGAAAUGGAGUUGGCGGGACAGAGUCAGGUGCAAAAUUCCUCCAGUAACAAUGAUGGCUCUGACAAUAAAGGAAGUUGCUUGCUGCUACGGUAUGCUAGUCAGAACUCCUUGGAUGAGAGCUCUCAGAAACACAUUCCACGAGAAAGUGGUAAAGAUAAGCCACCUUACAGAAAUCAUCAUCACAAGAAUCGGGCUUUCGAUGUUAUUAAUGAAAUGAGAAAGAAAAAUUCGUUAUGCGAUGUGAUAUUGGUGACUGAUGGAGGAAUGGAAGUACCUGCACACAAAAUGAUCCUUGCCGCUUGUAGUCCUUAUUUUUACGCUAUGUUUACAAGUUUUGAAGAACGAGAUCAGGAAAGAAUAACUUUACAAGGAGUUGAUUACUCAGCACUAGAAUUAUUGGUAGAUUAUGUAUAUUCAGCAGAAGUGCAUGUAACAGAGGAAAAUGUGCAAGUACUGUUACCAGCUGCAAAUCUUUUACAACUGACUGAUGUACGCGACGCAUGUUGUGACUUUUUACAAGCUCAGUUACAUCCAUCAAACUGUUUAGGAAUUCGUGCAUUUGCUGAUCUCCAUGGGUGUAUGGAAUUGUUAUCACAUGCAGACAGUUACAUCGAGCAACAUUUUUCGGAAGUGGUGGAUGGUGAGGAAUUUUUAACAUUAGCUGCACAACAAGUUUCUAAAUUGAUUUGCAGUGAUCAUUUAAUGGUACCUUCAGAAGAAAAAGUAUUUGAAUGUGUAAUAUCAUGGGUACACCAUGAUUUAGAAAAAAGACAAGAUGAUUUGGCUCAAUUAAUGGAAUACGUCCGUUUACCAUUACUCUCACAGGAAUAUUUAGUUCAACGGGUCGAGGAAGAGCCACUUUUGAAAGCAAAUUUACAAUGUAAGGAUUUCUUGAUCGAAGCUCUAAAAUAUCAUUUAUUGAAGGGAGAACAAAAGUCGUUAUUUAAGACACCUCGUACGAAACCCAGGCAGCCAAGAUGGUUGCCUAAAGUGUUGUUAGUGGUUGGUGGUCAAGCUCCGAAAGCAAUUAGAAGCGUUGAGUGCUACGAUUUCAAGGAAGAGAAAUGGUAUCAGGUAUCAGAAUUGCCAACACGUCGCUGUAGGGCAGGUUUAUCUGUCCUGGGCGGCCGUGUAUAUGCUGUUGGUGGAUUUAAUGGGUCACUUAGAGUGCGAACAGUAGACAUUUAUGAUGCAGCCACAGACCAGUGGUCACCUUGUCCAGAAAUGGGAGUAAGAAGAUCGACACUUGGUGUGGCAGUUCUGGGCAAUUGCAUUUAUGCUGUUGGUGGAUUCGAUGGAUCAACUGGUUUAAAUUCCGCUGAAGUAUACGAUCCAAGGACACAUGAAUGGAGGCUGAUCGAGCCAAUGUCAACGCGUAGGAGUAGCGUCGGUGUGGGCGUUGUUAAAGGAUUGCUAUAUGCAGUUGGCGGUUACGACGGAGCAUCUCGACAAUGUCUUUCCAGUGUUGAAUGCUAUAACCCAGAAAAGGAUCAAUGGAAGCCGGUACCUGACAUGUCUGCACGUCGCAGCGGUGCCGGUGUUGGCGUUUUGGAUGGAAUUCUAUAUGCUGUGGGCGGUCACGAUGGUCCUUUGGUUAGGAAAAGUGUAGAAGCAUUCAAUCCGGAUACUAAUCAGUGGACCCCAGUUAGCGAUAUGGCCCUUUGUCGCAGAAACGCUGGUGUUGUCGCGCUAGGCGGUUCCUUGUACGUGGUGGGUGGUGACGAUGGUGUAUCAAGUCUAGCGUCCGUCGAAAUCUAUUCGCCGAGGGCUGACACCUGGACGACGCUGUCGACGUGCAUGGGGAUCGGUCGCAGCUACGCGGGUGUCGCGAUAAUUGACAAACCGAUGCCAUCUACGACAUCAAUGUGAGGAUUGCAAUCCGCUGGGCAUGGAACAGAACAGAACCCAGACCCGGGUGCCGAAGCGUCGGAUCAAUCACGGGAAGCCGGGCCCAGCGGUGUGCAAGUCCAGAAUCCAGAUCAGAACAUGCUCCAGCAGUAUCGCGGCGCUGGUCAUAACUGUCAAGGUCCGCGUUGCGUGUGUCAGAGAUACGAGAAUGGAGAACUGGCGGCUGUAGUGAUGAAUCAGAAUCGAAGCAAUCAAGAGAGAGACGACAAUUAUCAGAACACAGGGCGCAAUGCGCGGGGCUUCCAAAACCGACUUGGUGGCUUGGCACAAGGCUACUCGAAUCUAAAUCCGAACUACCAGAACCCUAUUGAUUUGGUUCACAAUUAUAAUCGUAAUCGACAACCACACGAAUCGGAAGAGAACAUUUACGAGCGUCUGGACAACGACGACGACGACGAGAACAACGAGAAUAACGGCGAGGCCAGUCGCAAUGAACCCAUUGCCCAGAACAAUCAGGACGAUCACAUGUAUGAGAGAAUCGACGAUCGAUAUUCUUGUAGCGGCAGAAUAUAUUCCCGUUGUUACAAAUACCAUAUCUUAAAUCACAUUGCUAUUCCGAAUUUCCUGUACGACAUGGAGUCUAGAAACUCGAGUCAGUACGACCAGCCUCGUCAGAUCUAUCUAGACUCGCGUUUGUCCAGCCAGUGCUGCCAAAAUCGGCUGGACCGAUUGGGCCGUAAUUGUUUCUCCACCGAAAACAUUGCUCACACUUCCACUGGACGUACAAUUUACCCACUCGGUUACAAUUGUAUGUGUUCCUUCUGCAGACACUUAGACCCUAGAUACCUGUGUCAUCACUGUCAUAAUUUGCAUAACAGAUCGCGCUAUCAGGAUGGGCCUGCGGGCAAUUCUAGGCAUGUUAUAUAUCAAUUGCCGAGAAACUGCAGGUGUCCCUUCUGUCGUGGCGAAUACUCUUACGUGAAACUGCCUGUUACGUCCUGCCGACCUCCUGAGUUCUGGAGGAUGGAAUGCUAUUGUAGGAAUCCUAGUAAUUGUUCUUGUAGAUCCAAGGUUUUGUCUAACUGUAAUUCUACUACUCAGGUCGGUAAAUACCUUGACUGGAUCGACAGAGCCGGCCCGUCAGUCAAUAAUCCCCUGUACGCCACAAUCCACAUUGGCAGACCCUGCGUUUCCCCUGCUGGAAACUUAGCUGCCGGAAGUAGCGUAGACCCUGGGCCUUCGACAUCCGGCGCAUCCACAUCUGCGGCUGCUGCCAACGAGCCCAGCACGUCUUCGAACAUCAGACCGAUAUUUUCUUCGCAUAAUCCCUCCACUUCGCGUGGCUCUGUUUGCUCUGCUAACCGUUCCACCGCAAAGCGCCAGCACACUUGCGACGAUUCCUGCAUCAGAAAUCAAAGUGGAGGCAUCGCCGGCAUCUGUCAAUUCUUCGGCAGAUGCGAGCGAGCGGAAUGCAAUCAUGGCAGAUUGUCAGUGCAUUGGUGGUAUGUGAACAAGUGGCUGCUACCUUGGAGUCCUCAUAUCUUCGACAGGAACGUGGACGCUGUACCCGCGAUGGAAGAGGAAUCCCGUAAUCAACACGAUAGCGACAGCGACGACGCUUAAUGACUAUUAAUCCCCUAAUUUCUACGAUCUAGUGAUUCAUUUGGCAUUAUUGGAUAGCGUUUUAUUGCGAUUGUUUAGACGCCGUUCAGACUCCCGACCGUAACUGCUGCGAAAGUUAAGAUAGGACUAAGUAUCCGUGUCCCCUUAUUUUUAACGAGUGUAUAGUAAUGAAGUUGUAAUUUGUGAUACUUGAGGAAAUGAUGUACAUCUCCCUGCACGAGAUAACGAGAGGAAAGUAAUAUCGAUAAAUAAUCGCAUUGUACUCCUUUGUUUGAACAAUCAACAUCCAGCUUGUUACGAAUACCUUGGUAAGGACUAGAUAACUAUUGUUGAAUCACAUUUGAAGUUGAAAUCUUCGGUUGGAAAGUUAUUCUAAAUGUUUAAGAUGAAUUCGCACAUGUAUCGACAAUAACAAUGCUUUAUAUGUGCUCCGGAUAUUCUGAGAUAUUUAUGUCUAAGGAUACGUCAGCUAUAGAUUUCGUUUAUACAUACAUAUGUUUAUAAAUACGUAUAAUGUCGCUUAAGCAUACGCAUAAUCAAAGAUAAGUUCUGCCAAUAUCUUGUUGAGAAUUUAUAGAAACUUUUUGAAUUUUAAUGACUAUACCGCCUUUCAAUGACCGCCUGUUUCGAACUGUUUUAAUUGUACGAUAAAAGAAAAUUGCCAAUUUUAUCGCAUUGAUCCUCUUGUAUAGAGAACUGUGUGUACAAUAGACUAAUAUUUGAACAUGUGUGUUUUACUGUAUAAUGAUGUGAAAUGUAUAGAAAUUGUAACUUUUAUAAUUCGUCGGUGAUUCUUUUGACUCAGCGUUGUUUUCUGGGUCAAAGAGGAGAAGGAAAAGACGAGAAAGAGAGAGAGCGAGAAAGUGCUUCUGGCAUAUUUUUAUAAGUUUAGUAAUAAAGAUGUCUGAAUAAGUCGAAACAGAAAUAUCUUUUUUUAAAUGUUAGUCGGACGAUAUUCGUUAGAAACAAAUCAUUGGUCAGAACACGAUGAGAUAAAUAUGUCGGGUAUAAGAAGCUUUACGUUUGAACUUGAGAACUGUUAUAAAUACAAAUCUAUAUUAUUUUAUUAAAUCUUUAUUAAGUCUAUAUUAUGAACAAAAUAGAGAACCAUUUAAGAGCAACAACGUUGGAACAUCAUAGUCGAGUUAAGAUCAACAAGUGUCUGUACAUGACCAUCGAAGCGUCAUCUCUACGAAAUUUUGUACUGUCUCUUAUAUCAUGGUAGACGCUCCCAGUAAAUCAACAGGUAGCUACACAGUUAGUGUCUGUAGCAUAAGUUAGUAGGGAAUCUAAUCUUAAAUGACCAACUGGUUGCUAUUAUUUGUUUGUAAUUAUCGUACUUGAUUCGUAUGUGGAACUCAUGACGGGAAACUAAGAAGAAUUGACUCGCAAUAUUUGAAUGCUCUUGCGUGUACAUUAUUAUUACAUUAUUAUUACUAUAGUCGAUAUUAAGUCGUCCUUAUAAAAUUCUAGGUUUAUAAAUCUGAAAAUGUAUUAUAUAUUUUAUUUUAAUUAGUCUCUACAACGUACCAUACAAAAUUUCAUCCAAGGCGAAUAGAAUAAAUUGCAAUACCUUCGGCGUGUAAUAUAAUUUUUACACUCACAAGGACAGGUUUAAACAUAUCCUUAGAUAUUUUACGACUUAAGCAUUAAUUUGUAUGUAAGAUUCGUAAUGAAACAAUAUUUUGAGCCUAAUAUACUAAAUUGUAAAAUUCGUGUUGGGUUAAUUCCCUCUGUAACAAUACAAUGAACCCUCACGGAUUCGCCAAAUGUAUAUUUAUUUUUUGUAUUUAGUAGUUCACAAUAUAUACCAUGACAAUUAA